GCAGCUCGGCUCUCCUCGCCCGCAGCCAGCCCCUGGUCGGUGGAGGACAUCCUGACAGAAGAUGAGGAGCAGGACCGCGUUCCGCUGCAGAAGCUCAAGCGUUUGGGGGAAUCAGAAGAACUGAGAGACUUGCUUCUGAAUCCACAUCUCAGGCAGCUACUGCUGACAGUCGAUCAAGCAGAAGACAAAAGCUCUCUCAUGAAAAAGUACAUGCAGGAGCCAUUAUUCGUUGAGUUUGCAGACUGCUGUUUGAGAAUUGUCGAGCCUCCCGAGAAGGAGAACAUUCUUCCCGAGUGAGCUACUUUGGGAACAUUUUUCUUUCCUUGAGAUUUCUCCCCUCUGACAGAAGAGAUUCGGCAGCACCAUUCUGUCUGUUUCCUCAAGAUUUGGUCACGCUUUGCUCGGGAUAUCAGUGCUCUAAUUUUCAAUUUAAAGUUGAUAAACAGUGCCAUAGUGUUGGGCAGAUUUCUAAUUACUAGGAAUUAAACCUGAUGUUCUGUGGACUUGCUGCCUGUUGGUACAGAAAUACUGUUAACCAUGGGAAACAUUGCUCCCCAAUAACAACAUUAAAUAUAUUUGCAUUUAUUUUAAUCUA